UUUCAUUACUGAUAAUCGAGAAGAGCUGCCGAAGACAGCGAUUGCGCUGAUCAACCGGCAGUAUUUCUGUGCAAGUCGUCGAGUGCGGUGCCAAGUUGGAUUAAGUCGGACGAGCGUUAAUUGUUUGUUAGUUGGAAGAACUAGCGGUCAAAAGUCAACUUGCGGUCUGUCAAUAAGUGGUUAAUCUGCGUUUGUGAAACUUGUGAGUGUAUAGUGAGAGCGAAAGGGUAAGUUCAGGAGAAUCAUCGUUCGAUGACGUAUAACUGAUAGGGAUCGCCGGGAUACGACUAAGGAGUACGACGUCAUGGAAGUUACAAACCACACAGGAUUUCUGCUGCAAACCAUGCUGUAUAUGGCCAAUCACCAGUGGAACAACAGUCUGUACAAUACGAUCCAUAAUGUGACGUCCACCAGUAAUGGCACUAUGCCCGUGGACGACAACCUAACGCGCUGUUACGGCGUCUACGGAUGCUUCCCACUCGGAUAUCCCUGGGUGGACGAAAAGCGCCCCCUUGCCUACCAUCCGCGGUCGCCGGCCCAGGUGGACGUUCGGUUUCCCAUCUUCAACAAGCCCGUUCGCGUCCAUCCCAAGUUCGUGGACAUCAACGAUCCGGACGAGGUCAAGCACCUGGGCGUCAAUCCCAAUGGGCGGCUCUACGUGGUAACGCACGGUUACAUCGAAUCCGGUGAUCGACCUUGGGUUCACGACUUGGUCCACGCCUUCCUGGAGAACGACCCCGAUGGUACGGCCUCUGUGAUGAUCAUCGACUGGCGCAAGGCUUCAACACCCCCGUACACCCAAUGCGUGGCGGACAUCCGGCUGGUCGGAGCCAUAACUGCCCACGUGAUCCACAUGCUCUACCACGAGCUUGGAAUGCGAAACCUCGACAAAGUUCACCUCCUAGGCCACUCGCUUGGAGCACACGUCUGUGGUUACGUCGGCUAUUACGUCCAGAGGGACUUCGGUCUGAAGCUGGGACGCAUCACCGGAAUGGACCCUGCCGAACCGAUGUUCUCCGACACGGAUCCGAUCGUUCGCCUGGACACCUCGGAUGCCAAGUUCGUGGACAUUAUCCACACGGAUGCCACUCCGUGGGUCGAGCGUUGGCCACGUCCUGGCGGACUCGGAAUGUACCAAGCGAUAGGUCACGUGGACUUCUACCCGAACGGAGGCAACAAUCAGGCCGGGUGUAACGAUCCUAUGCAGAAGUUCAUCAACAAGCAGAACGAUUCGUUCUUCUGGGGAUUCCAGGAGUUCUUCGGAUGCAAUCACCUACGGUGUCACCAAUUGUAUACGGACGCCAUUCCGCAGCGGUGUCCAUUCGUGGCCAUCGGAUGCGAAUCGUACGAGAAGUUCUUGGCGGGAGAUUGCUUCGAGUGCGAUGAGGACGGACAUUACUGCAUCGACUUCGGGCCGAACGCUUGGAACACUUACCGGAGGUUGAUCGAGAACGGAGUGAUGAUUGAACCUCGGCCCAUCCGGGCCUACAUGAUCACUGGCGAUGACGCACCUUUUUGUCGAACCCACUACAAGGUGAUCAUGUUCGUAUCGGAGAGCGAUGAGAGCCUCGUCCACGGAGGCGAAAUCGGUAAGAUGGCGGUAGAGAUGCUAGGAAGUCAGCGGGAACGUUCCGGACGGAUGGAUCUUUCGCAGGAACCGCUCUACUUCGAACCGGGGAAGAACUACUCGGCUGUCGCUGCCGGCAAGGACGUCGGAAUGCCCAAGCGGGCCUUCCUCAGCUGGGAGUACAAGACGAAUCCGAUGAACCCGUUUACGUGGAGGGUGAUGAAUACCCCACGGGUUUACGUGGCUUAUAUUGUCGUGCAGACGCUGGAGCAUCGAUCCCGGCAGAAGUUCUGCCCGCUGAAUGAGAUACCGGUGAAGGCGGAUCAGGAUAAUGAGUUCCGGGAGGAGUAUUGCAGUAAAGAUUCGUGAGAGGGAGGGUUUAGUAUUUUUAGAAUAAAAUGAUAUAAUCUUGUUAAA